ACUAGUAUAGUUUGAUAGUCACCCUGGCAAGUGAGUGAGGCUUUGCAGAGGUAGGGAAAUCCUUCAUCAAGACUCUUCCUUUCUCUCUUGUUUUGCAGCCAUGGCAAUAAGGAGGAUCCUUUCCCUCUUGGCUGGCUUGAUCUUCUUGAGUGGGCCUAGUGCAGCACGAUCUCGUGGGAAGGAGUUUAUCACAGCCUUCCUUUGCAACUUCAAGCAACAUCAGACCAACGCAAAGUUUGAGCUGCUUAUCACUGGCUAUCACCCUGCGACCACCGUGGUGGUGACAGCAAACAACUCUACCUUCCGAAAAACCAUUCCUGUCAAUGAAGGGGUGACAGUGUCCAUUGAGCUCCCGAACUCUGUAGAAAUGUUGGGGACCAACGUCUUUGAUAAGACUGUGCUGAUCCGAGCUGACAAAGACAUCUCUGUUUCCUCCCAUAGCCAUAAAGACUACACAGCAGGUGCCACAGUUGUAUAUCCAGUCCAGCAGCUGGGCACCUUGUAUUAUGCGCUUACUCCCGAGGGUGAUAUGCCCGAUACUUUCAAGGAAUUUGCAGUCGUAGCCUCCGAAGCUCCCACUAGAGUUGAGAUUCACCUGAAAGGGAAUGUGAGAUUCAAAGGGCAGAACUACCCUGCAGGGAGCCGACUUGUGGCUGAUCUCGAUGCCUUCCAAGCCAUCCAGUUGCAAAGCUCAGCUGAUUUAUCUGGCACCAGGGUCGAAUCGACGAAACCCGUGGCUGUCUUGAGUGGGCACAGCUGUGCUAAGAAAAACACAGCCUGUGACCACGUUGUUGAACAGCUCCUGCCUGUUUCCAGCUGGGGUACCACCUUCCUUGUCCCCCCACUAUCCUUCCAAAGCCAGUCCGAUAUUGCAUAUGUAAUCACUGCUCAAGACACGUCAAUCCGAUAUCAGAAUGGGCCCACAGAGGAGUCCCAAAGCAUGGUGGCUGGGCAAGUUAUCCAGCUGGACAUGCAGAACCCUCAGCCGCUUUACAUCUCUGCCGACGCUGGAAUCCAGGUCCUUUUCUUCUUCACUGGUGCCACCAAUGGAGGCAGUAGCUACGACCAACUCAUUCCUUUGUUUGCUGGUGCCCCAGAAGGAAGCAGAAUCUACGAUCCGUUCCUCAUCAAUGUGCCAGCCUUAACAAGCUAUUGCAGGCUGUACCAUAUUGACGGGAUGAGGCAGAAUGACAAUUAUCUGGUCAUCAUAGCCAAUGCCACUGAAACCCGCUUGAUAAAAGUGGCAAAGAGGCCCCUUGACAGUAUCCUGUGGCAACCAAUCAAUGGGACGGAAUAUUCCUGGGCUGAAUACAGCUUGAGCACAGGAUCUAUUGCCCUCUCUGUGGAACACCCCAGCUCUCCUUUUGGACUCUUCAUCCUUGGGGGUUCCUACCGUGAUGGGUAUGGCUCUGCAGCCCUUUGCUCCUGUAGAUCAGCACCGAGUUCUUCUGCCCUGAACCCAGGAGGGUCAGCACCGACCUCACCUGUCCUGAACUCAAACGAAGAAUCCUUGCUGUAUCCUUAUGGAACAAGCAACGGUGAUGACAAGAACCCCAAGUCAGAUGAUGGGAUAUCUCCACAGAUCUUUGCUUCAGUGCCCUUCACCUUCUAUGGCAAAGAACACCAUUCUUUCUAUGUCAACAACAAUGGCAUGAUCUCCUUUGGACAGGAGCUUUCCGAGUACACACCAAGCCCCUUACCCCUGGAUGGUGGAGUACCAUUUGUCAUCCCAUAUUGGGCUGAUGUCCACAACCGUAUAAGUGGGGAUGUCUUCUGGAGGCAGACCCAGGACCCAAAUGUCCUUGACCGUUGCACAAAGAACAUCAACCAGUACUUCCCUGAGAUCCCUUUCACAGCUGCCUGGGCUCUCAUUGCUACUUGGGACCGUGUGGCCUACUUUGGAUCUAAAGCUAAAUCAAGCAAGGUCAACACCUUCCAGGCUGUCUUAACCACCAAUAGGAAGGCAUCCUUCGUGAUACUGAACUACGCUGACAUUCAGUGGACCACAGGGGCAGCGAAUGGUGGGGAUCCUAAGACGGGCCUGGGUGGAACCCCAGCACAGGCUGGAUUUGACAGUGGAGACCAAACAAAUUACUAUGUCAUACCUGCUUCCCACACGCCUGAUAUCCUCAAUAUUGGGAAAACCAGCAAUGUUAACAUCCCAGGACGCUGGGUGUUCCAGGUGAACGAAUUUGUAACUGGGAUCACCACGGACUGCUUCAUAUGAAUGCGGGGAUGGAAUAUCAGCCUUUCCCUCUGACCUCUUGGGAGGUGUGUAUGGCUGUGGAUAAUCUGCAGCUCUCAAAGCCCCCUAUCUUUUGUUGAAAGAAAUAUGUAUGUUUGUACUUUUGAAAAGAUUUUGUUUUUGUUUUUAAAAAUAUGUACAACCAAUACAAAAGGCAAACUUGGAAGAAGAAGAAGAAAACAGAGUGAGAAGACACACAAUGCCAUGAUCUUCCUGUAGUAUAAUAAGGCAUUGAAUCGGGUUCUCGUGCAAAAGGAGCAUGCACGCAAAUAGAAAACAUUUCAGUGGAUCAAGGAAACUCAGUCACAAGCUAUAUCACUGCUUACGUAUAGGAAGUUUGUGCAUUUUGGACAUUGGAAGCAGAAAUGUUCAAAUUCUGUUUUUCAAAUGCAACCUCCCCCUUUCCCCCUUGACAAACCAAUCCCACAUAAUUAAAAUGAAGUAUAUGUAUCAGCAGGGAAAUGACUUGCCUAGCAAGCCAGAGGUUGCUGGUUUGAAUCCCCGCUGGUACCUAUAUCGAGCAGCAGUGAUAUAGGAAGAUGCUGAAAUACAUAAUCUCAUACUGCGUGGGAGGAGGCAAUGGUAAACCCCUCCUGUAUUCUACCAAAGACAAUCACAGGGCUCUGUGGUCACCAGGAGUCGACACUAACUCAACAGCACACGUUUAAUAUGUAUUUAAAGUUAAUGGACUUCUCAAUGGGCAUAAUUCUCCUGACCAAUUCUCCUCUGCAGUCCCACUGGAAUGAAUACAAUGUAUACAAGGAGACUAUUUCACCGUUUGGAAUUGUAAUGUUUUGCAUAAUCUUGUGUUACUGACUAUUUGUACGAUAUAUGCUGGCUUUGUGACUUAAGAUAGAGCCAGGAGCUAAGCAGAGCUCUAACCCCCUCCCUUUGCUGAUCACUGGAUUGUGUGAGAGGCAGGCACUGGGUAGGAGAGUGUGGUCCUAUCCAGCUUUCAUACCCAGCAUUUUACCAAGACAUGAGAAAAAACUGCCCUAUACCCAGCAACUGCUCCACACACAAUCACUCCCAUUUCCUCCUGCCUAGUUGUUUGCUCAGACACAAGCAAAAACUGGGAGCACACACAGUUUCCCAACCUGUAGAGUCCUACCCAAUUUUUGAUUGUGUGAACGGCCUUAAUACUGAGCUAAAAAUAGACUGAUGGUCUGACUCAAUUUGAGAUAACCGAAGAUAAACUGUGUGU